GGCGCCAAAUUUAGUGGGGCAAUGCCCCCUCGUGCCUAUGCCUACAUCCGGGCCCGCCUGGGGCUGCACAAUACAACGCAACCCAAACACAAGGGCACAAGGAAUCACAUUCCACAAGUUCUUGUAUGAACUGUCUCAGAUCCCAGACUUCUCAGGAAGAGCUUGCUGCAUCAUCUUCCAGUCAGUCUUCAUCGAUGGGAUCGCCUCCAUUCAAAGCAAGCUCAACACACUCUUCUCUGUCUGUAAGGCUCUACUGGAGAGUGACAGUGUCAGGGAGGUGAUGGGACUGGUGUUGGCUCUGGGGAACCACAUGAACGGAGGCAGCAGGACCAGAGGGCAGGCUGACGGCUACAGCCUGGAAAUCCUCCCCAAACUCAAGGAUGUGAAGAGCAGGGACAAUCGGAUCAGCCUGAUGGACUAUGUGGUGUCUUAUUACCUGCACAACGUGGACAAGAAUGCCGGCACAGACAAGAGCAUGUUCCUUCUUCCUGAACCUCAAGAUGUCUUCCUGGCAGCACAGGUCAAGUUUGAUGACCUCAACAGUGAUUCGGAGACAGCUCGGACGAGAUCUGACAAAGACUGCUGAUACUGGCCUGGCGCCUUUCAGAUCCAGCUUCUAAUCCUCCUGCCCAUCAGACCUCCUGCCUUUGUGCCCCUGUCACCAGUGCAGGGAGGCCGUAGCUUCCCACUUAUGUAAUCUCCAGACCUCCAGUAUCUGCAGUAUCUCUGCAGGGAUGCACGGAUCCUUAACUUGCUCGGCUGUAUCAUCUGGGCUUCAGUGUGGCCCCCAGAUGUGUGCCUCAGAUAGCUUUCUUUACCUCUCAACACAGCUUUGUCUUAUCAGGCAGUCUACCAAAACCACCAUGCAAUCUGGAUCGCCAGUCACAGGUCCCUUUUGUUCUGCCUGUUUGAACUGCCCUCAUGCCUGGUUUGGAGCUCUGCUUUUGUCAUUCUUCACUCUCCCUGUGUUUUCUGUUUGUUUGGUAUGAAAUGUUUCUGUUUAUUGUGGUUUAACUUCUCUUAAGUCAUUCACGUUGAGGCUAUGUUAAUUAAGUAGUUUAUUCACGGAAAAGUUCUUUUAAAUUAAUACAGGAAAUGUGACUGACUUACCUGACAGGGUGUAACCAUGACCUGUUAGCUUUUUUGUCCAGAGUUUUCGGUAUCUAUGACUUUUGGCAAAAUUGCAGUAUAAUAACUGUGAAAAAAAUAUCUUUAUCCGCUUCAUUCAAACUGUAUAUUUAAAAAGUCACCAGUUUCGUAAUUUUUCAGAAGUGCAGUCCCAGUCAGUUUGGAUAGAUCUGAGUCCUCACUGACGCCAGUUUUCAGUGAAAGUGAUCACAGCCUGAUAAAUUCUUUGGAUCCUUUAUUUUCACUUAGACUUGGCUCAGGCGGGCUUUUCGAUAAUCACUUUGAUCCUUGCCCCUCUGCACCCAGGUGGCAAAGUGUCCUUAGACAAGACACUAAACCUCAACAGGUCCUGAGGACAUGCAUAGAUCUUACUUGGUAGUUCUGCCACAUUGGUUUGUGAUGUGUUAGCAUUUGACCGUAGCUGAGAAUAAAAGGAGCUAUAUCAGUGCAGAUUAUUUGCCAUUAUCACUCCUUCUCAUUCAAUGUUUUUAUUUAAUUAUUCUGUAUAUUGUAGAAUAAUACUGACAGACCUGCCAACCUGUAAACAUUUUGCGUAGCAGGUACGCAAUUUGACAUCAAAAUACGCUGGUACGCUCCGCCUCAUUAAACUACUCAAAAAGCUGCAGACAUCUGUGAGUGCUGUUAGAAAUGUGGACGUGCAAUACUCAUGCCUGACAACAUGAUACAGCAGUGUAGUGGUGCAAUUUCAACCAAUCAUCAUAGAGUAGCGGAGAAUAACGAUUCUGCCGAACCCUUGCUGGCCCACUCUCUCCUGUCCUCUGCCUCCCUCCGCCUCUCUCCCCGUUCCCUAUGCCCCCACCCGAAGCAGCUGGCGGUUAAAACAGUAAAAUGGUGUGUGUGUCUCUGUGUGUGUGUGUGCACGUGUGAGUGUACGUGUGUGUCUUUUGGCAAAUAUGUACUGUUAAUAACGUUACUUUCACGUUGAAAAUGCGAUGUCAUAUCGGGGAAAUAAGCACCGAGAGUUUUUUUUCCCUAUGGACAUGAGCGCGAGCUGUGUUUGCGCGUGCGUGUUUGUGCGUGCGUGUUUGAGAUUAAGUGGUACGCAAAAUAUUUCGCCAAGGUUGGCAGGUCUGUAUUGAAGAUAUUACAGUUAUAUAAGAAUGCAUAUGACAUUAUUUUGUAAUCAAAAAAGUGUUAAUCUUCAUUGUUAAUCUACAAUGUACAAAAUAAUACAAAUAAAUAAUAAACACUGAGAAGGUAUGACAAGGUGUGCUCAAGCACACACUGCUUGAGCACACCUUGCAGUUGAGGUACACUGGUAGUGUACCUUAACUGGUGGAUUGACUGUUGUUACAUUUUGUACUAACAGUCAUAGUUAGAUGCAUUGAUGAACUUACAUUUUUCUUUGAGCAAAUGAUUAUAACUGUGGUUUGGUUUAAAUGCUAACAGCUAAUGUUAGCACUUAGACUACAUAUAGCUGUGAAUUCCUUUGGGCAGGGUUAUGUCUGGCAAAAUACAGCUCUUAAAGCUCGUGUUCGGAGUUUCCGUUUGUUGUCAAUUUAUGUAUCAUUGUUUAACAAAGCUUAAAUGUGUGAGUCUAGUUCGAUACUAUAAUAUAAUGUUAGUAUGACGCAAUAUGAAAAUUUAUUCAUGAGCUCUGCCUUCCUCUCAUAGACCCCCAUGUUAUUCCAAAAAGCGCUGGUCGGCAGCUAGCCAAUCAAGUUCGAGCUUCCGCUUUGUCAUGCUGUCAAUCAACGGUUACACGCACCGCAAGCACGCCCAUGCAGAGGUGCGCGAACUACGCACUACGCAACCGCGCGCACAUUUGUUUUGCUUGUGGAGGAGAGAGCAUCAGGGAUCAGCAACUUCCAGAAAAGUUACUUGUCAGGCCAAGAGACUUCAGGACGUUUUUUGGCUCGGGGUGCUCGCGUCGCUCCCCGACCACGGCCUCCAUAGCCCACCUGACGGCUUCGUUUAGAUGCCCGACCUCUGGAGGAAGAUGUUGGGGCGUCUGAGACAUACUCUUCGUCAGAGGAGUCAUGCAAUUCUGAACUCUAGAUAGAAAUAAAUAAACAAUGUAACACAUAUACACACGUAAAUGCACUAAGUUUGAUAAACAACGUCAUCGAGAUCGAUACACGAGUGUAAUCACAUAUUGAAACUUUACUCGUUCGUCCUAGCAGAUUCAUGUUAUUUUGGUAUUAGGACAAGUUAGACUCAAUACAGAAUUCUAACGUAAUUCCUUUAUUAUUUACUAAAUGUACUAAAUGUAGAAGAGUGGAAAACAGCAAAACAGGCAAGAUGCUGCAGCACUUUGGGCACUCCUCUCAGGUACUGCGCGCGUGCACAAAUAAAGGGGCGAAAUCAGAGGGAGGGUGGGACCAACAGUGUUUUGGGAGAUGCUGCGAUUCAAACUCCAGACACGAGCUUUAAUGUGGCCCAAGUAGAUCUGAAACAUGUUAGAUUAAUGUCUGAAACAAUGACGUUCUUCAUGUUUCACUCAAUAUAAUUAUAGAUUCUGCAGAAACAAUAAUGCACCACCUGAAGUCCCAUUUGCUGCCCAAAGGUGACUGUGUGCCAGAAUCUUUCCUCUGACUUUAUUAAUGACUUGCUUCUUUAAAUUCAGAGGGAUGAUAAAUAAUGUUCUAUGUUCUUCUACACACCUGGCAGGUGAGUUGUUCAACAUAGAUUUCAGAUCUAUACAGUGGAAUUAUUUGUAUUAAAGCUUCUCGGAUGAAUCCUGAGCUCCACCAGAGCUGUCAGGACCUCUCACCCACCUUUGUACAUUUUUAAUGAGAACUACAUGUAUUAAGCUCUGGUGUGUAUGAAAACCUUCUGCUACUCUGUUGCACUGUAGCCUGUGUUUUGCCUUCUUGAUGGAUUUAUUGACUACAGUGAUGAUGCGAUUUAUGACCAAUCCAAAUAUGGCAUCAUAAAAACCUUUAAAGUUC